GGCAACGUCGCAACCGCAACGUGCGGGCUAUUGGCGUGCGUCUCAUUUGUGUUAUAUGAAUAAUCAAGCAUAAUGCAAUAUCAUAGGUAGCAAGAGAGAGAGAGAGAGAGAGCAGGGACACUAUGAGUAUCUACCACGACGAGGUCGAGAUUGAAGAUUUCGAGUACGACGAGGAGGAGGAGAUGUACUACUAUCCUUGUCCCUGCGGCGAUCGAUUUCAAAUUUCCAAGGAGGAGCUUAUAGAGGGCGAGGAGGUAGCCACUUGUCCGAGCUGUUCGCUUAUCGUAAAAGUGAUAUACGAUGCGGACAUGUUUAAAGCGGAGGAGGAUGAGUCAGCGGCGCUUAAUGAAAAGCUAAGCGAGUUGAAGCUGGAGAAAAAUUAGGCCUCCAGCGUCUAAUUAAUU